AUGAGAAAGGAUACACCUUUGAGAGUACAGGCGGUGUUGAAGGUGCUGCUUCAGGCGCACAUUCAGAUGCCAGACGAAAUGUCUGAAAGUGCACCGGCAAAUGCGGCUUAUGAACAGUUAAUGAUGUCCCAACAGCUACGGGAACAGAGCAAUGCUCCCCCCGAAGACUGUGUCAUGAUGGAUACCUGCAUACCCCUCAUACCUACCAACGCCAACGUUAAGGUCGAGCUCCCAUCCUCAGCGCAGAAGAAGGGCAAGCCUCUGGGACCUCUCCUCAUCAAGUUCCAACCCCGACCCGAUUACCUCUUAAGCCAGCCCGAUAGCAGGACGUAUACUGCACUGAAAUUCAUACAAGAACCAGUGCCCGUCACUCGUGCAGAGGCGGACGCUACAACGGCAAACCAAGAAUCAAGCUUCGUUUGA